AUGGCAGCAGCCAAUCUUAGGUUACCUCCCUUGCCCACAGUGAGGGAUUUAAUUAAGUUGUACAAAUUAAGGGCUUUGCGUCAGCUAUCUCAGAAUUUUCUUCUCGAUGAAAGGAUUACAGACAAAAUCGUCAAAGCAGCUGGAAAUAUCCGCAAUCACUAUGUUUGUGAGGUGGGCCCUGGACCUGGCAGUAUAACAAGAUCCAUCAUUAAGAGGGGCCCCAAGAAGCUCAUCGUAGUCGAAAAAGACCCCCGAUUUGUGCCCAUCCUAGAGUUGCUCAAAGAGGCUAGUCAGAGUCAUGUCGAAAUGGGGAUAAACAUUCAGGAUAUUCGGGAUUUUAAUUUCGAGGAUGGUUUCGCGGGUGCUCCUGCACGAGAAUGGACGGAUUACCCACCCCCCAUUCACCUCAUUGGCAAUUUGCCCUUCAGUGUCUCCACAAAUUUGAUCAUUCGGUGGCUUCAUGCCAUCUCAGAACAAAGAUCAGCGUGGAGUUUUGGACGCUCUACAAUGACCUUAACGUUCCAGAAGGAAGUUGCCGAAAGAAUCGUCGCUCCAGUGACUCACGAACAGAGAUGUAGACUCUCUGUGAUGUGCCAAUUCUGGUGCGAUGUAGAACACAAAUUUACGAUUCCAGGGAGGGCCUUUGUUCCAAAACCAGAUGUUGAUGUUGGAGUUGUUACUCUAGUUCCUAAGAAACAUCCCUUGGUUAAGUUACCUUUUAAAAUGGUUGAGAAAAUUAUCAGGACUGUCUUCAACAUGCGGCAAAAGUAUUCCAUCAAAGGAGGAGGGAGACUUUUCCCAGAGGAGAAGCGGGACGAAUUAGUUCUUAAACUGUUUGCUCUGGCUGAUGUUGACUCCAGAAUUCGCCCUUUUGAAAUAACAAAUGAAGAAUUUGCCCGCAUUUGCUACGCCUACAAAGUAAUCUGUGAGGAACAUCCCGAAAUUGAAAGCUACGAUUUUAGAGCACCUAAAAAUUUAGUUGCUGCUGGGUAGUCUAGUAAUAAAUUUGUUUUAGUGUUGAUUAAUAAAAACUAAAUUCAA